AUGCUAUCAGAAUACGACAGAGUUUUUUACUUGACGACGUAUAUAUUUGGUGUAGCUUCAAUGGUAUUUUAUCAUAAUGCCAUGAUUUUAAUUUUAAGAAUACGUAAAAGACCAAUAAACAUUUCUGAUAUUGAAGGAUCAUUUUCAACUUUACAGGAAGGGAUUCGACUUACUCUUCAAUUCGUAUACUACGUACUACCGCCAUUUGUCGACCUUUAUGUGGGAUUGGAUUUCUUGAUUGAUGUUUAUGUAUCAGUUCGAUUAUUCAGAAUAAUGGGCUCAGCCAAUAAAACUUUAAGCAGUACUAUCAACGAUUGUAAAAGUACAAGUACUAGUGUUAAUCAUGUUAAGCAUAAAAAAUCCAAUCUGACAAUAUAUUCAGCUGUCUUAUACUGGAAUCUAUCCAGAAUUUUUAUUGCAACUUUAUUGAAUGUUAAUACAGUUAUAGAUGCAUUUAGACUAUUUGAUUUAGAUUCUGUAUUCAAUUAUUCGUUGAAUUUUGUUAUUUGUAUUGCAAUGUCUUAUCUUAUUACCUAUGAUAAAGAUUUUGUGAGAUAUAUUGCUGGGAAGAACACUUUAGUUGCGAAUUAA